CUCAAGCACAAGCCUGGACAUGUCACUGCUCCGCAAACUUUCCCUCACCACAUCACCAAACUGCGACUCGGGACAACAGAAAUCUAACAAACUCCUUCAUCUCCCCGCCAUCAUGGCACAAGAUCCCAUGUCGAGACGUGCAACGCACUGGUAUUCUGCAUGAACAAAGUCUUGCUCCGUACCGCGCAGCGCAUGCGCGCUCCUUAAACUCCCAACGCCCUCUGGCUCAGCAUGGCUACAUUUGACGAGACCUUCAACCCCGCGGCUCUUACGCGGUCGGACACGAUCACUUCUACAACGAGCACCACAAAACCCCCUCCGGGCUCUGCGUCGAAACAACCGAAAGCGACUCAAACCUAUCCUCGAGUUGACCUGGAACCUCUAUACACGGAACUCAAGUCUCUAAUCGGUCACAACUGGGACACAUACUUCGAUGCAAUAACCAGGUUUAUUCGAGGUGAACUCAACGCGCGAGAAUUCGGCGACCUCUGCGAUGUCUUCAUCUAUGCGACUCCGCAGACCGAGCAUGCGCACAACUCUUUGAUACUAGCUAUACUAUGUAAUACCGGCAAAGACCCUCCAGAACCUGGGCUCGCAGCAUGGGUCAGCGCAACGACAGACAAGUCCGCAAUGACGUCCGGCACGAAACCCGCCGCUACCAGCGAUGUAAGCGAACAGCGACUCAAGGCCGAGGUGAUGGCGUUACCCGCCCGGGACCGACGACGCAUCAAAGGCGUUGCGAACGACAAGGCAGACGAGGAGGCGGCAGCGAGGAGGAACCCAUAUGAAGAGCUUUAUUUGGCCGGCAGGAUCAAGGCGCCAGAGGCCGCUGCAAGUGCAGGCGCAGGAGGACUGACGAAGACAAACUGGGACUUGGAAAUUAGGAAAAGAUAUUUGCAGCCACUGUUCUCAGAGACACUCGAGCUCCCGGAUACAGCGACGAUACACUCUCGGAUUGUCCCCAUUUGUUAUGAAGAAUCCAUCGCGCAAGGCUGCUCAGUACAAUGCGCUGAGUUGGUCGGGGUUGCAGCGGAGACAUAUCUAAAAGGCGUGCUGUCCGAGGUCAUGAAUCGAACCCGGUCCAACGGCCCAAUGUAUGAACACAGCGCCGGCGGCGGCAUCUUGACGGCCUCGUACAAGAAGAAAAUCGAUCGAGAGGAAGAGGAAAUCAAGGCUGGAAAACUGCAAAGGACUCGUGACGACGAGUUGUUGCCGACUGAAGCACAGGUCGCAUAUGCAAGACGCCCCAUCGGCAUGCCAGAUCUGCAACUUACCGCUCAGGUCGGUCCUUUACCUUGGAAUGCAAUGCCAUGUAUUGGAUACACCGUGAGUAAUGCUUCGGCCGGGUAUGAUCAUGAUCAAUGGCUCAUGGAGCAAGAGCAAGCAGCCAAUGCGGCGGCGGCGGCGACAACGAACGGACACGUUGAUCCAGCCGAGGACAGCAUGGAUAUUGACAGUACCGACAACUAUGGCUGGGAGGGCGCUGGGUCACAGGACAGAGGUGGUCUGGAUUCUGUUCUUGCUGAUUGUUUGGCUAUUCGUGUGUAGGAGACACAGCAGCCUCGAGAGCAGGAACAAGAGAAACUCAAAGUCAUGGGAGUGAACGACGAUUAUGAGCCCGGGGAGAGCGAAGAGCCGAUCGGCGACAAUAUGUCGCGUUUGGCCGGCUACCGCCACGAACGGAUAAGGGCCGCAGUACAAAGAGUCAAGCGUUUCCUGGACUACGUUUCGCACGGAGGAAAGGACGAGCCGCCUAUGACUUCGAGGAGUGGAGUCGUGGCACCCAAGGUCUUGCAACAAGUCCUGCUCCUGGAGCCGUGGUUUUGCACAGCGGCGGAAGCUAUCAGCAAGGGUCGGUGAUGUUUAACGAUGUUUUUUCGGGGUUUCAAGUCGUUGGUCGACGGGUCUGCGACCGAAUGGCGUUGCACCCUGGUAUUUUGGCCGUGGCGAGAUGGCCCAUGGUUUAUUGCCAACGGCACGAGGGGGGAUUGGGAAUGUUAUGGGGAUGAUUUACGUGAUACCCUCAGCCAUACCGGCCACUACUGAGACACAGAAUUCGAGAGCAAAAUCGAGGGGGAGUUCGAGAUUGCGCUCUUGGGACGAGAGAUUGUCUGGUUCCAGCAGUCGAAGCGCAAUGGGGGGUUCUGAAGCGACCUUUGUCCCUCACAGGAGUGAUGAUGAGAAUGAAGGCAGUUGAUAUAUUCCAAGGUGAUUAUGUGUACGAGAACCGACCUAUUCACCCCAGCUCUCGAUUUUGCUCCGUUCGAGGAAUCCCCCGUUGAUCAAGUCGGAAGCGAUAUCCUUCCUGCCGGGCGUAUUCGAUUGUACUCUGUACAGUGCAUUUCACAAACACACAAGAAGCAGGCCGUAUCUACAACUCAUCCUUUACCCCCGUUUCCGUUUGCGCCUUCUCCGGCUUCCUUACCGAAUCUUUGACCAUCAACGCCAGGAUGUCGACCAGCAGAUCACUGGCGGCAACACUCGUCACCUCGGCCGCGGUGUCAUACGGCGGGCUCACCUCGACGACAUCGGCGCCGACCAAUCUCACGCCCUCCAGACCCUUGAUGAACCUCUUGACCUCGCGGGUCGUCCAGCCUCCGGACUCGGGCGUGCCCGUGGCGGGGGCGAUGCUGGGGUCCAGGACGUCGAUGUCGAUGCUGAGGUAGACGGGACGGUCGGUGCCGACGAUGGCGCGCACGCGGUCGGCGAUGCCCUGCAUGCCCCGGGGGUCGUCGUCGAUCUCGUGCGCCUCGAUGAUCUCAAAGCCCACCACCUCCUUGUCCGUGGCGUAGUCCUUGGGCGAGAACAGCUUGGUCCGCAGCCCGCCGUGCACGCUGCUGCCUUUGGCGAUGCACCCUUCCCGCGCGGCGUGCCAGAAGAAGGUCCCGUGCGUGAUGGCGCUCUGCUCCGACACGAUCCCCGUGUACCCGGCGUACGGGUCCCACGUGUCCAGGUGCGAGUCGAGGUGGAUGACGGAGAUCGGCCCGUAGAUUUCCUUGAGCGAGCGCAGGAUCGGCAGCACGAUCGAGUGGUCGCCUCCAAGCGACAGGACCCGGGGGUGCUCCCAUUUCCUGCCCUGGAGCGGCUUUGCUGAUGCGGUGGCGGCGCCGGCGGACGAGGAGGUGUUGUGGAACAAGAUCUGUCGGUAGCCUUGCUCCAUCUGGCGGAAGGCGUGCUGGGCGUCAAACGGCGUGACGGGGAUGUCGCCGCAGUCGACAAUGUUCAAACCCCCUUCCGUCAACGGGUCAAUGCCCCAUACCGUGUUGUAGCUCCGGCCUUUCUUCUCCCUCGAGCUCGCGGCGCGGAUGCCGCGGGGUCCAAAGCGUGCGCCGGGCCGGUACGAGGUGGACGUGUCGUAGGGAAAACCUACAAUGGCAAUGUCCAGGUCAGACCCGUGACGGGAGGAAAAACACCGCUGCCACGGCAGAUGGGCAAAGGUGACGGGUUGAGAGAAGGGGAGGUCUUUAUCGAGGUCCUCGAGGGGGUAGGGGUAAUUGGGUCCAACCGAGAAGGAGAGAGGUGCCUCUGAGGAGGCUUCAGGAGCAUCGUGAGAAUGGGUGUGAGAGUAUACAUGAGAGAAUGCAAGGGAGAUGAGGAGGACGGAGCGCGCCAGAGUGAAAGCGAGUCCUCUCGCCAUGGUUGUCACCAGCGUCGUCGUGUCUUGUCGCCCGUAGCGGCUGCUUUUCUCCUUGGUGCCUUUCGUUCGCAACCUGGGCUAUUGUUUCUUCCUAUCAGGGUAGCAGCACCGUCCUGGACCACCUGUGCUAUUGAGAGACGUCUGCCGUUUGCAUACUCGGUACCUGGGGACUGGGUGGCUGUAAGUCGAACAGGCUCUUCCUGCCGCGCCACAGCACGCCCGGGCCAGCCUUUAUAUCCCGAAUGCAUUGUUCCCGCGGGGAAACUGUGUCAAUUAUCACCAGUCUCUCCCGCUCCAGAAUCAUGCGUUCUUUCUUGGACGGACAAGUCCUUGAUACGAAUCGCCCACACGCCGACGCAUGCAGCUGGCAUCUCCGUUCCCCACGUUGACGCACGAGGCGAGAAUCCCUGUGGAGCUGCGGCGCUGCGGUAGGGAGAACGAUCAUUUUAGGUGGAUCGGAUGGACCUGGCCGUUGCUAGUCUUUGCUAGGCUUGCUGCAUGCCAGUUGCAAAAUGGAGGAGAAUGAGUGGAGGACAAGUGGUAUAGAAGGAUAAAGGGCAGUAUAUGAUGGUGGACAAGUCCGAUGAUUUCUGGUUUAGAGAAGAGCCAAGGGGAGAUGGUGUUCAUCCAACGUUUAACUUUUUGUCUUACCGUCUCGAACACUGCGGCUGAACCGUGAUAGCCCAGGCGAUAUAUAUCUUAGAUUGCUCGUACCAAUCUCUCCGCUGUGCCGGAAACGCCGUCUAG